GUAGUAGACAGCUAAAAAAAUAUUCUCGGAUUGUCACGUGACUGCAUUUCCGGAAGUUUCCAUUCCGUUCGAAUCGCUGGACGUGAAAAACGUGUUAGAGAGGGCAACAUAUCGUUUAUUUAUUUUGAUUUUGGGAUAUAUCGAACGUUUUUUGUAAUGGAUGACGAAGAGGAGACCUACCGGUUAUGGAAAAUUCGCAAAACGAUAAUGCAGCUGUGUCAUGACCGAGGAUAUUUAGUAACCCAAGACGAGUUGGACCAAACGUUGGAUGAAUUCAAAAGCCAGUUCGGCGAUAGACCCAGUGAGGGUCGCCCACGACGGACAGAUCUCACGGUCCUAGUAGCUCACAAUGACGACCCCACAGAUCAGAUGUUUGUCUUCUUCCCAGAGGAGCCCAAAGUGGGAAUCAAGACGAUCAAAAUGUACUGCCAGCGCAUGCAGGAGGAAAACAUCACCAGGGCCAUUAUUGUAGUACAGAUGGGCAUGACUCCUUCGGCUAAACAGUCUUUAGUGGACAUGGCCCCUAAAUACAUCCUAGAGCAGUUCCUACAACAAGAGCUUCUCAUCAACAUCACAGAGCAUGAGCUUGUUCCCGAACACAUAGUCAUGUCUAAAGAGGAAGUGACCGAAUUGCUGGCCAGAUAUAAGCUGAAAGAGAGCCAGCUACCCAGAAUUCAGGCGGGUGACCCUGUGGCAAGAUACUUUGGACUGAAGAGAGGACAGGUGGUGAAGAUCAUCAGACCUAGUGAGACUGCUGGGCGUUACAUCACAUACAGGCUUGUACAGUAGAGGCUGAGGGAUAUGAGGAGCGAUGUACCAAACCAUGAGUGAAGAUUUCCCUGGAAUGGAGGUUAUUUUAGAGUUUUGUUUUUUUUUGGUCUGAAUCGUGGUAGGAGAUUGCAUUUCUCUCUAACUGCUGGAAAAUAGCAGUAGGCCUACGUUGUAUUUUCAUUACCCCUUUCUGUAGUCCCUUGUUGAACUGAGAUGAAGUUGUGGGAAAAAAGAAAACCUUUGUUAAUUAAAAAUCUUUUUUGUAAACAAA